GACAGCUUCUGGACGAGGUGAUAUGUGAACGAUAAAUACGUCCACGACAAGCCAUAAGAAAAUACGGCCGGGUCCUCUUGUUGGCGAAGCGGUGGCAGAACCGGGCCAGCUCAGGCCCCGCCUACCGAUCUGCUCGGUCAGGUGCGUUCGCCUUCCGAGGUGUCUUGGCCUGCGGGGCACUCGUAGCUGCCCCGCUUUCCCAGGUGACGCACAUUUGAGCGGCCGGCUCUCGGCAACCGGGGUUCGAGUCCCCGCGUCGGCCGUCAUGGCGGACGCGGAGCCGGAGGCUGAGGACGGCAGUGAGGAUGGCGGCGGUGGCGGCGGCGGUGGCGGCGGCGGCCGGGCUCCCGCAGGCCAGAGAGGCAGCGCCGCGCGCGUAGCCCCGCUGGGCCCCGAGCAGCUGCGGCGGGUCCUGGAGCAGGUGACGAAGGCGCAGCCACCCGCGAAGCCGCCGCCGCCGCCCUUCGUGCUGCAGGACGCGGCGCGGCGGCUGCGGGACGCGGCCCAGCAGGCCGCCCUGCAGCAGGGCCCCGGGGCCGAGUCCCCGCGCCCGCCGCGCCUGCUGCCGCCGCAGCAAUUGGAAGCCAUUUGUGUCAAGGUUACAUCUGGAGAGACGAAAGGUCAGGAAAAAACGAUGCCUGCACUGGCCACCAUCCAGCCCAAGACAGCCAGGCCGAGCCAGCCGCUCGGGAGACACUGCAGCGUGCUGGGGCUCAGUGUCGCCAGCUCUCAGCUGCUCCGGGCACAGCCCCUCCUGAGCACUGGGCCACAGCCGCGUCUCCUGAGUCACUCACCUCAGCCUCCUGUUCAGACGUUCGUCCAGAGGCCGCUGCUCGCCCUACAACCAGUCCCUGCGAAGAGAGUCUUGGCCUCUGAGGCCCUGAGUGGACAGGGCACCACGUCGUCCCCUCUGUCAGCCUCUGACCUGCCAGCAGGAACGUCUGUUUCAUCCAGUUCAGCAAAUUUAUUUAUUUCCAACUCGCAAACAAAAUGCACCAAGAAAGUAAAAAAAUCUUUAAAAGUGAAAACACGUUCUGGACGGAUAUCUCGACCUCCCAAGUAUAAAGCUAAAGAUUAUAAAUUCAUAAAAACAGAGGAUUUGGCCGAUGGUCACCCCUCAGACUCUGACGACUACUCAGAACUGAGCGUGGAGGAAGAUGAAGACCACAGGGCAAGGCAGGCGCUCUUUGAUUUAUCGAGCUGCUCUCUGAGGCCCAAAGCUUUUAAGUGUCAGACCUGUGAAAAGUCAUAUAUUGGAAAGGGGGGGCUCGCCCGGCACUUUAAACUGAAUCCAGGCCAUGGCCACCUGGAGCCUGAGACGUUGCUGUCUAAGAAUGCCAAUGGGAGCAUGAUCCCGGGCCCCACGGAGGGCAGGACCACCAGCCUGGCAUCCCCGGAGCUGUCCACACCAGCUCUUCUAAGUGAGGAAGGGGCCCGCUUGGCACGGGGUGGCCUGCAGAAUGGUCAGUCUGUAGACGUUGAAGAGGCGCUGGUGUCUGAACCAAAAAAUGGAAGUUUUUCAGCCCUUUUGGGAUCAGAGAGACACCCCGGACCUAGAAGAAGCGGCUACUCCGUGGCCCUCCCAGAGCCCAGCGCAGCCGUCCUGGAGCAGAAUGGAGCGGUUCGCCCACAGGUGGGCGUUGGGGCAGUUUGUGCACAGGGCCCAGCAAGGAGCAGAGCCAGGCUCCUGGAGUUUCUCCACCAGUGUGACCGGGAGGAUCUGGUGGAGUCGGCUCUGCCUCUGCUGGCCCAGGCCGUGACGGUGUCUGAAUUUCUUCUGAUGAAGGUUGAAAAAGGUCAUCUAGCAAAACCUUUCUUCCCAGCUGUGUACAAGGAAUUUGAAGAGUUGCAUAAAAUGGUUAAGAAAAUGUGUCAAGAUUACCUCCGUAGCUCUGGUCCCUGUUGUCUGGAAAUAAACAACAGUAAGGUUGCCGAGUCCUUAGGAAUCACAGAAGAAUUCCUGAGGAAAAAAGAAAUACGCACAGACUGCACUCCUCCCAAGUGCACCAGCCGAGAGGAGGACCUGGAGGAGCUGGAGGGUGCUGGCCCACAGAAGAGGGAGAGUGAGACCGCGGAGGAUAGGCUGGCCUCGGUGAAAAGGACCAGAAGAGAAACUGUGCCCCAGGACACCGCAGAGUAUUCUGCCCACGGUGGAGGCCUGCAGAGGCUGGCCUCGUGUGCCCCAGCCGCCGGUGCGGGUUUUGCCCCCGGAGUAAAUGGGGGCGCCUCUCAGCCACCUGAACAAAGUCCCACAAUGCCGGUUUCUGAGCUCAACCUCGACAGCAGCACAGCACAGGCGGGCCAGCAGCUGAAAGCGUUUGCUGACUCAGCCGCCGGGAGUAGGUCUGCAGACCCUGUUCUCUUGCUUCGAGAAGCUUGUGGGCUGGGGGUUUGUAUUCAGUUAGGAGAGCCAGGGUCUCUGGCCCAGGACCAGGUGGCAGCAUCCUCUGGGGAGAAGGCCCAGGAACACUCGUCAGAACAGGACGCUGGGGACGGCCUGGGAAGCUGGGCUCUCUGCGGCCCCUCGAUGGCCCUGCCGCCCGGCCGGCCUGGAGAUGCAGAGGCGGGGAGCCUCCGCGAGGUGUGCGGCUCCCACCCGAGCAGCCCGCAGUCCGGCCCCGGCAACGCCCUGCUUCCGGAGGCCGUGGUCCCGCUGCAGGAGAAAGCAUGGUCCGUGGAUGUCACGCCAGCUGGAUAUGCCUACGGCACCACGUCCGAGCCGGGGCCUCAACCCAGCUGGGGCGGGUUGCUGGGUCCUGAAGGGGGCCUCACAGGCCACGCGGGAGACCCGGAACAGUCGCCCUGCGGGACUGAGACACCCGCUGACCGGAGGGAGCUGGAGGGCAUCACUGCCGUCAGGGAAGCCGUGGCUUUUGAACAUGCCAGUGGGGGCCCCACGCUGCUGUCCCAGCGACAGGAGCAGGUAUUUAUCCAGACUUCUGAUGGGGGUAUCUUGUCCCAUCCAGGCUCCGUAGUGUCUGGGGAGGGGGACACUGUCAUAGUGACCGACACAGAGGGGCGCCCGGCAGGGGUUCCUCUGGAAACCGUGGAGACGGAGCCUCUCAGUGAAAUGGAGCCAGAACCGCAGUCCUAGAUUUGUAUGUAUUUUACCCGGAGGUCUACUUCAAGGAGUGUUUAUUUUUCUAAUGUGAAUACUGACACAAGUGAACAUUUUAUUUAUAAAGAAUAAUGUCUUUCUACCCCACUGUCUACCUUUUUCUACAUCUUGCUCAUUGUAAUAAUGGCAGAUACGUUACCUGAUAACAAAUUCCCGAUACAUCUAACUCCUAGGAGAUUUUGACAACUAUUGCAGUUAAUAACCACUACACUAUUUCUUGAAUCUCCCCUGCUCUCCAGUUCCAAAAAACUAUGCCCCCUUUCUCUUCGGUGAUAUGCUGCUCUUUCACCAGACUUGGUCCAUACUAGAAGCUUCUUUGGGGCUCAAUAAACAAAUAAAUAUGUAAGCUUGCCAUCUGGGCAGCAUUUUAUUGGGAAGUAGGAAAGAAAGUUGUUUCUACCGACACUUUAUGGAUGAGGAAAGGGAGGCAUAGGGAUGGGACCCCCAGUCCUUUGAUGUCCCACAUGUAAAGUCACUUAUCAAGAUCUCUCUUUUUUUUGGAAUGUUUUCCUUGGCUCUGUUAUGGAGAGAGAAAGGGAGGGCCACUUGCCCACACUCAGACGAAAGCAUCAAGAGGGCACAGCUGUCCUCUGCCCCCACCGGCAGAGACUGUCAGCGGAGGCCCCGGGCAGGCAGAGCUGCGGGUCGUGGGCUGCACCCCCCUGGUGCUGUGCUCCCGCCAGGCCCGCUGUGGAGGGGCGGGCUUUAUUCUUGGUGGGCCACAUUGCCUACAGCCCUCUCAGUGACUGGGGGCAUCUUCCUGUCCUCUGAUUUGAUGUCAAGGUGGGUCCAACAGGAACAGAAGGGCGGGCGUCCCUGCAGGAUGGAAUGAGUAAACCACAGCAGCUCUGGAGAGUCGGGCUCGAGGGUCAGGUCGUGGCACUGAUGCCGAGAGCUCAGCUUCUCUGGUGCCCAGUCGAAUCUCGGAGACAGAGUUUGGGGUGAAGUAGAAAAGGACAGCUUUAUUACUCUGCCAGACAAAGGGGGACACAGUGGGCUCCUGCCUUGGAAAAACCAUGUGUCCCAGCCCAGGUGGAUUUGAUAAGGAGUUUUAUAACAGUGCCUCCCAAGGGUGGGGUUGCUGACAACAUGAGGGGGUGUUUAGGGUCUCAGGUGGCCGGGUCUCCUAGUCUUGAUGAGCUGCUCUGGUCCCUUUAAUCUCGCCUCCGGUGGUUUCUUGCCUGCUCCUCCCUGAUUAGCCGACUGUUCUAACCUGCCCUUUGGAACUCGGGGGAGGUCAUGGAGGCUGGAGUCUUGCCUAUAAGAAACGGGGGACAAAAACGGGGCCACAGGGCCCCGCUCGGUUUCAGCACGUCCUGUGGGCUCAGGGGCACUUCUCGGGAACCCAGAGCUGCGCGAAACCACCGGGGGUCCAGUC